AUGCGCGCGGCCCGGGCCUUUAUAGCGGCCGCGGGCGCCGCGCUCUCCGCACUCGGGCGCCGCGGGGCGGAUCCCACGCACGCAGGCGUGAGCGCGCUGCUGCUGCCGCUUCCGGAGCCCGCGGGCGGCGAGGGGGCCGCCCCCCUCGCCGUCACCUGCUUCACGCGAGGCCUGGACGUCAGGAAGGACGAGGUGGACGUGCUCUGCCCCGGGGGCUGCCCUCCCGAGGACUUCUCCGUGUUCGGGAACAUCGUCUAUGCCUCGGUGUCCAGCAUCUGCGGCGCCGCCGUGCACAGGGGAGCCGUCAGCCUCUCGGGGGGCCCCGUGCGCCUCUACAGCCUCCCUGGACGCGAGAACUACUCCUCAGUGGAAGCCCACGGCAUCCGGUCGCAGGCCCUCGCCAGGUGGUCCGCUUCCUUCACAGUGACGAAAGGCAAAAGUAGUACCCAAGAAGCAACCGGAAGGGCCGUGUCCACAGCCCGCCCACCCACAGGAAAACGACUGAAAAAAACACCAGAGAAGAAAAGCGGCAAUAAAGACUGUAAAGCAGAUAUUGCAUUUCUGAUUGAUGGAAGCUUUAAUAUUGGGCAGCGCCGCUUUAAUUUACAGAAGAAUUUUGUCGGGAAAGUGGCUCUCAUGUUGGGAAUUGGAAUUGAAGGACCACACGUAGGCCUUGUUCAAGCCAGUGAACAUCCCAAAAUAGAAUUUUACUUGAAAAACUUUACCUCAGCCAAAGAUGUUUUGUUUGCCAUAAAAGAAGUAGGUUUCAGAGGAGGUAAUUCCAACACAGGAAAAGCUUUGAAGCAUACGGCUCAGAAGUUCUUCACGGCAGACGCGGGCGUGAGAAAAGGCGUCCCCAAAGUGGUGGUGGUGUUUAUUGAUGGCUGGCCUUCCGAUGACAUCCAGGAAGCAGGCAUCGUGGCCAGGGAAUUUGGCGUGAACGUCUUUAUAGUUUCUGUGGCCAAGCCCAUUCCUGAGGAGUUGGGGAUGGUCCAGGAUGUUGCCUUUGUGGACAAGGCCGUGUGCAGGAAUAACGGCUUCUUCUCUUACCACAUGCCCAACUGGUUUGGCACCACAAAAUACGUCAAGCCCCUGGUACAGAAGCUGUGCAGUCACGAGCGAAUGAUGUGCAGCAAGACCUGCUACAACUCGGUGAACAUCGCCUUCCUCAUCGACGGCUCCAGCAGCGUGGGGGACAGCAACUUCCGCCUGGUGCUCGAGUUCAUCUCCAACAUCGCCAAGUCUUUCGAGAUCUCCGACGUCGGGGCCAAGAUAGCCACCGUGCAGUUCACCUACGACCAGCGCACGGAGUUCAGCUUCACCGACUACAGCAGCAAGGAGAACGUGCUGGCCGUGAUCAGGAGCGUCCGCUACAUGAGCGGCGGCACGGCCACCGGCGACGCCAUCGCCUUCACCGUCAGGAACGUGUUCGGUCCCGUAAGGGGCAGCCCCAACAAGAACUUCCUGGUCAUCGUCACCGACGGGCAGUCCUACGACGAUGUCCGAGGCCCCGCCGCCGCCGCCCACGACGCAGGUGUCACCAUCUUCUCUGUUGGAGUGGCUUGGGCACCCCUGGAUGACUUGAAAGACAUGGCCUCGAAACCCAAGGAGUCCCACGCUUUCUUCACGCGGGAGUUCACAGGAUUAGAACCGAUUGUUUCCGAUAUCAUUAGAGGAAUUUGUAGAGAUUUCUUAGAAUCUCAGCAGUAAUGAUGUUUGACCACUGAUAAAAUGCAAGACCUAAUAUAUAAAAUGUACUCUCACAAUACUGAAAUAUUAUACAGCAUACUAGAAUCAGAUGCUUUCAGGCCAACAGCUGUUUUCAACACAUCAGUGUUCGUUUAAAAGCUGUUGCCUUCAGAUUAAAAUUUAGACGUUAACUCUUCAAUCACAUGGUUGAGGCUUCAUAAUCACGGCCCUUAGAAACUCAGGAAGGAAGGAGGUAUGGAUUCAAAUGAUAAAAGUUCUAAUAUGCCUAUUAAAUGUAUAGAUAUGCAAAUAUUAUAGCUCAAUAAAAUAAUCUGAUAAGACAAAACCAACAUUCUUUCUCUAAUCAUUCUGUAUUGGCUAAUAAGGAAAACAAAGAUUUAGACAGCAUUUAAAGUUCAAAUAUGGAUAUUCUGAACCAAGUGAAUGCUUUUAAACCAAUUGAUAGGAUUAUAAUUACCAAUAAGGAAAGUUAUCCUGUACCAAGCUUUUUUUGUAGUGUAUUUUCAUAGUAACUUAUGACUGAAAAUAUCACACUGAAUAAGUAGCAGGAUUUCCUGGUAUUUUUCUAUUUAUAUCCUUAAUUUUAUAUGUAUAUAGUUAUACUGGCCGUACUCUUAAAAUCCAUCCAGGAUCGAGAACACGUUAAGUUGGUAAAGUCUUCGAAAAGUUUUCAAAUAUCAGAAUUAUAGGAAAAAAUGUUAUAGUUUGGAUAUUCAAAAAUAAAAUUGCUAGUAACUUAA